AUGAUAGUUGAAAUCAAACCGGAGCCACAUGCCGGUAGGAAAUUCGAAUGGGAAUCUAUCUGGAAGGAUCAAGUACGGGAGCAGGUUCUUCAUGCAUUUGAGGCUGAUGGUACUCUGAAAUACUUGGGAGUCAUCAUAGCUGCUGGUCGUCAUUGGGUCUACGGCAUCGUGAACCGGGGACAUCUACUUCCUCGGACAAUGUCAGAGAUGCGCGAUCCAACUUUCCGCGGCACUAGAUCGCCAGCAUCAUCGUCUAAUGACUCCACGGUAGAGGAGAGGGAAGUCCAGCGUUCUGUUCCCUCGUUGGACAUCCCCAACUUUUUCCCCAAAACAGAGAAUGGCGCCUUCUAUAAAUUUGAUCUCCUGGACAUCCUGGACGCCAGGGGAGUGUCCCUCAGAGCCUUUGAAGAAAUUUUAAAUGACCUCCGCCGUAAAAAUAGUGAUAUUUGGUUCUAGGGCAUCUUAAUGGUGUGGGCAGGAGGGACGGUUUGGUAUUAUCGCGAGGCGGAAUAGAGAUGUAAUAAUGUGGUAUACAACAACGUUGGGUAGAAUGUUACACGUACAAAUCUUAUGGUUAUGUAGUCGCCACAUGCAGUAUACAAGAUUCAAUGAAGAAGCCAUGAAU